AUGGCUCCUUCAGCAAUCAGCACGGGUAACUCGCCCGAGGGACUUCGUCCAGUUGCCAUCAAUGGCGAGAAACUCAUGUCUUCUCUGAAGAUGAACAACCUCUCCCUCUCCCCAGAAGAAAUUCUUACCAGCAACUCCUCAACCGAAACCCUCGACUUAAUCUGUGUCGGGUUCGGCCCAGCCUCCCUUGCCAUUGCCAUCGCUCUCCACGACGCUUACUCCAAAUCCUCAUUACCCCCACCAAAGGUUCUUUUCCUCGAGAAGCAAUCCGAGUUCGCAUGGCACGCCGGUAUGCAAAUCCCCGGUGCUCGCAUGCAAAUCUCAUUCUUGAAAGAUUUGGCUACACCCCGUGAUCCCCGAUCCAAGUUUACCUUUAUCAACUAUUUGCAUUCCAAGGGACGCUUGAAUACCUUUAUCAAUUUGAGCACGUUCUUACCUUCUCGUAUGGAAUACGAGGAUUACUUGCGUUGGUGCGCUAGCCAUUUUGAGAAGCAAGGUUGUGUGAAAUAUGGUGCAAAUGUAGAGUCAGUUGUUCCUUCAUCGCCUUCGGCUGAAGAUGGAAAGAUCCCUGGCUUUACUAUUUCUUCUUCCUCGUCUUCCGGGGAGACAGUCACCCACGCAGCGAAGAAUGUUGUCAUUGCUGUUGGUGGAAAGGCUAUUAUUCCUCCUGUUUUGCAAAAUAAGCCAUGUGUAUUGCACUCCUCGCUAUACGCUACUAGCAUUGGAAAGAUUGAGAAGUUGCAAAAGGAGACUAGAAAGCCAUUGAGGUUUGCGGUUAUUGGUAGUGGACAAAGUGCUGCGGAAAUCUACAAUGAUUUAUGGGAACGUUUUGGAGAGGAGACCGGUGUGACUGUUAAGUUGAUUGUUAAGGGUCAGAGUUUGAGACCUAGUGAUGAUAGUCCUUUUGUAAACGAAAUUUUCGACCCCGACCGCGUAACCCCUCACUACAACCGUCCCUCCAACCUCCGUGCCGCGGGUAUUGUCCUUGACCGCGCCACAAACUAUGGCGUUGUCCGUCUCGAGCUCCUCGAGCAUCUCUAUGACAAACUCUACAUUCAACGUAUCAAGUGCGAGCGCACUGGUGCUACUCCCCGGGCAGCUAUCGUUGUAAACAGAAGAGUAAUCACAGCUACACCUUCUCCUUCUAAUGAUUCUUUGAGACUGAAGAUUGUUACGGAGGAGGGGGCUGAAAAGGAAGAAGAGGAGUUGGAUGUUGAUUAUAUUUUCACUGCUACUGGUUAUAGAAGAGAUGCACAUGUUGAGAUUCUCCGAGGGUGCGAGGAACUUGCCACAGGCGAGGGGAGUGAUGUUAAGGGAGAAAAUGGACCAGUAAAGGGCAAGUGGGGAGUAACCAGAGAUUAUAGAGUUAAGGUAGUAGAUGGAAAGGUACAAAAUGGUGCAGGACUCUGGCUGCAGGGUUGCAAUGAGUCGACGCACGGAUUAUCCGAUUCCCUCCUUUCUAUUCUCGCCAUCAGAGGUGGAGAAUUAGUACAGAGCAUGUUCGGCGAACAACUUGCUCAAGAAGCAAAGAACUAA